UUUGAAAGCCGCCGCCAUAGUUGCUGCACAGUACCGAGCGGCGUGUAGAAUGGCGCAGCUGGACGGAGUGGUAAAACCGAAGACGAAGCGGUCCAAACGCUUCCUGCAGAGCAGAGAGCCGAAGCUGGUGGAGGACUUGAAGAAUGCAAUGAUUAUGAAAGGAGGCAACACGAGUGAGACGGUCACUCAGGCCCUGAAGGACAUCUUCGCUUUAAAGAAACCAAAUGCAGUUCUGUAUAAAAAGAAGAACAUUAUGAGGCCGUUUGAAGACUCCACGUCACUGGAAUUCUUCUCCAAGAAGACGGACUCCUCCCUGUUUUUGUUCGGCUCACACAAUAAGAAAAGACCCAAUAACCUCGUAUUUGGUCGUAUGUUUGAUUUCCAUGUGCUGGACAUGUUCGAGCUCGGCAUUGAGAAGUUCAAGUCUCUGAAAGACAUCAAGAAUGAUAAGUGUGCAGAGGGCACUAAGCCCAUGUUGGUGUUUGCCGGUGAGCUUUUUGACACAGAUAAUGAACUCUCACGCCUCCGCAACGUCCUGACAGAUUUUUUUCGUGGUCCUGCUGUACCCGCAGUACGUUUAGCUGGCCUGGAGCACAUUCUCCACUUCACUGCGGCGGACGGGAAGAUCUACAUGCGGAGCUACAGAGUGCUGCUGAAGAAGUCGGGCUGUCGGACCCCCCGCAUCGAACUGGAGGAGAUUGGACCCUCGUUUGAUUUCGUCCUGAGGAGAACUCACCUGGCCUCAGACGACCUGUACAAGACGGCGCACAGACAGCCGAAAGCACUGAAGCCCAAGAAGAAGAAGAACAUCUCCCACGAUGCCUUUGGCACCAAGUACGGCCGCCUGCACAUGCAGAAACAGAACCUGGACAAACUGCAGACGAGGAAGAUGAAGGGACUGAGGAAGAGGGGCGGAGCGGUAGUCACGGAGAACGGAGAACCCACGUCGCCCAAAAAAGCUAGAACUCGGGAGUAGCUGAUCCUCUCUGAGCUCUGACAGGCGGUGCUGACCUGACUGACCUGCUCUGGACUUUACAGCUGGGAGUGUGGAGCGUCUGGAGAAGAUGAGCUUUUAGGGUCGUCUCAGACGUUCCUGUAGACCCAGCUGGGCUCCCGUCUCCAUAUUUCGCCCUUUUUAUACAUGUUUGUGUUUAUUCUGCGUACAGAUUACGGUUUGUUGAUUUUCUGUAUGAAAAUAAGUUACACAUCGUCCACCGAAGCUGAAAUACGGCAGUUAUUUCACACUUCUAGUUUUUUGCAGACUUUAACGUUAAAUAUAAGGUGCCAUAACUUUGGCACAGGCUGCCACAAUUUUAAGUUUUAUUUUGUGUUAAAUUCAGUAAAUAAACAGUAACCCUGCAUUAAACUGUGCAGAAGUGUGUCUCGUUAGAACCGAAGAAUCUGACCAGCGUACGACUGUAUUGGGAUUUAUGAUCAACACCAGAAGAAGCAAAGCUCCUCCAGCUGGUUUGGUUCUACAGUUACUGACUUGUGCUCAGUGUAAACAACAUUAUGGGCUGUAGUACGUUUGUUAUAACUGGAUUAUUUACAUCAUUUCACAACACAUACACUCUUAAAAAGAUGGUUCUGCAAGGGUUCUUUAGUAAGGAACAUACUUCUAUUUAGAAUGUUAUUGCAAAGGAUUCUAUGUAGCACCUAAAAGGGUUCUUCUGUUGUGAUGAGCUUAUCAUUAUAAUUAUAGAAGAACCCGGAAAGAUUCUAUAAAGAACCAUCCACAGCACGUUCUCCAUCAAUCUGAAGAACGCUUUCAUCAUGCAAAGGGUUCUUUGAGUGUUGAUAUUCUUUACUAAAGAACCCUUGAAGGACCAUCUUUUUAAAACUGUACACUCUUAAUGAUGAUUCUUCAUGGGGUCUUUACGGAACAAUGAACACUCCAAGAACAGUUUGCAUGCUUAAAGGGUUCUCUGCAUCGUGAAAACGUUCUUCAGCAUGAUGGAGAAUGUUUGAUAUAGCUAUGUAGCACCUAAAGGGGUUCUGCUAUGGUUGCGGUGUCAAGCUUGUAUGCAAUGGCAGAAACCUUUUUGGUGCUAAACAGAAACAGGUUCUCCACCAAUCUUAGAACCAUUUCACCAUGCAGAGAACCAUUUAAGCAUGCACAUGGUUCUUUGAGUGGUCAUGGUUCUAAAUUAAAGCAUUGUCCUUACUGAAGAACCCUGGAAGAUCUUUUCUGAGAGUGAACUGAACCUUCAUCACCUUCUGUUGUCUUCAAGCUGCAAUAAACACUUUGAUCCUGUGGUUCUGUG